AUCUGAACGCCCAAACAAACCGCAGGAAUAAACAAAACUGCAAACACUGCAAAUCAUACAAACAGACAGCAAACUGGUCCCGCUAACCUCCCCCGCCUCCCCCUCCUCCCUCCCUCGCCAAUCACAGAGUUGAAGAAGCUGCUUAGUCUACUACCUAGUAAACACUACUAGGUAUUGACAGUCCUACUUACUGAACAGACAUCUACACACACACACACAUAGUGAAUGCUGUGCCUCCGAACCCAUCUUCUCAGAGCUACACGACGACAAUCACAAAUUCCGUCCUUCCUGUUCCCACCACGCUUUACCAUGGCCACCUCCACUCACAACCCCGCCAAAAAACUCAAGAUGGACGUUGAUGCACCACUGAUUGGCACCCACAGUGGCCACUUUCACGCCGAUGAAGCCCUUGCCGUGUCAAUGCUACGCCUGCUUCCCACCUACAACAGCUCGCCCCUUGUGCGCACCCGCGAUGCAGACGUCCUUGCAACCUGCCACACUGUCGUCGAUGUGGGGGCCGUCUACGAUGACGCCCAGAAGCGUUACGACCACCACCAGCGCGAGUUCACCACCACCUUCCCCGGCCACUCCACCAAGCUGUCAUCCGCUGGACUUGUCUACAUGCACUUCGGCAGAGACAUCAUCUCCACCGUCACCGGCCUGGCCCCCGGCUCAGAUCUGGACUUGCUCUACGAGAAAAUCUACACCGACUUCAUUGAAGCUUUUGACGCAAACGACAACGGUGUAAGCGCCGUUGCCCCCAAAGAUCUCACAGCUGCCGGCCUCGCCAAGAAGUUUGAAGAUCGCGGCUUCAGCAUUGCCAGCGUUGUCAACCGAUACAACUACUCAUCCUCAAAGGGUGCCGAUUUUGGCAAGAGCAAGGAAGAACUGCAGGUUGAGGAAGAUGCACGCUUCGCCAAGGCCUCGACUUUUGUGGGCGAGCAAUUCGUUCUCGAGCUCACCGACCGAGCCAACCACUGGCUCCCCGCCCGCAACGAAGUGAAAAAAGCCUUCGAGGCCCGUCUACAAUACGAUCACCAGGGCCGCAUUCUUGUUUUGCAAGAGGGUAUGCCUUGGGCUGACCACCUCUAUAAUCUGGAAAAGGAAGCUCCAGCUCAAGACGGUGUCGCUCCGCAAGUCCUCUAUGUCUUGUUCCCCGAAUCUACACCCGAGGGCAAGUGGCGCAUCCGCGCCGUUAGCAAGGAAAAUGGCGGGUUUGAGAACCGCAAGGAUCUCCCCGACGCAUGGAAGGGCGUACGCGAUGCUCAACUGGACGAGGUGUCAGGUAUCCCUGGGUGUGUGUUUGUGCAUGCCGCCGGAUUCAUUGGUGGUAACCAAAAUUUUGAAGGUGCCCUCGCCAUGGCGCAGAAGGCUCUCGAGAUUUAA